CAUCAUUUUAUCAGAGAUAAAAAUAAAUAAUUCAUUAAUGACGAGUCUGUGCCAAAUUUCGUGACGCUAACUGUACUUUCACCUGUUUCACCUUGAUAAUAAUAAUACAAUUGACGUGUAAAUAUUUACAAGAAAAAUGGCCCGCUACUUCAAGGAGCAAGACAUUGACGAAUUUCGCGAGUGUUUCUACUUGUUUGCGCGCUCGGGGCACAUCAAGUCCCUGGACGAACUCACAGUGAUAAUGAGGAGUCUGGGGCUGUCGCCCACCAUCUCAGAGCUUGCGGGUUAUUUCAAGCAAAAGAACGGCAAAAUGAGCUUUGCUGACUUCUUGGAGGUUAUGCAUAUUCACUCACGGGUGGAGAACGUGCCCAAGGAGGUGGUGGACGCCUUCAAGGCUGGGGACCCGGAGGGGAAAGGGGUGAUUCCGGCCAAGCAGCUGCGUCACAUGUUGCAAAACUGGGGCGAGUGUCUUUCGGCCAAGGAAAUUGAUCGGAUUUUCAGAGAGGCAAAUGUUAAUAACAACAGUAUGGUGCGGUACGAGGAUUUUGUUAAGAUUGCCUGUGCACCAGUGCCGGAUUAUUACUAGAGGGGGCUUACCCUAACACAGUCUUUUCCACGAAAUUAUGUAAAACACAUGUCACAAAUUUUUAUUUUCGGAUUUUCGCACUGGGGGGUUGGCAAUGAUUUUUCGGUUUGGUAAAAUAGAGAGCCGGCAAUCAACCCCCGCACAGUUAUUUAUUCUAACGCCAAUAAAUCAUUAAUUGACCACAA